GAAGCCCCUUGUAAAAUGCAAAGCGCCUUUCCCUGCUCUGAAUCCUGCCAACGGAAGGGUUCAGUGCCAAAGUGAAAGGCUUCCUAAAAAUGGGCUGAUCUCGGGAGGGGGGAGAUUUAGGAGCUAUUGAGAAACAAGGAAGGACAAACAGUGUUAGGUCAUUGUUUCUGCAAACACAGCCAAGGCUGUUUCUCUAUAAAAGAGGGAGAAAGCAGUUCCAGAGCCAUCACAGACUUAGAGGUCUGUGACCAAGGCUGCUGCUCCCCCUCCUCAGCACCCGACUUCCUGCUCAAGUAUGAAACUCAUACUCUCCACCGUGCUGUCCUUCGGGAUAGUGGCUCUGUGUUUUGCUGCUCCCCCGAAGACAAACAUCAAGUGGUGCACAAUAUCCUCAGCAGAAGAGAACAAAUGCAAUAUCCUGAGGGACCACAUGCAACAAGACAACUUUGCAUUGAGUUGCCUGCAGAAAGCAACAUACCUCGACUGUAUAAAAGCCAUCUCGAAUAACGAAGCAGAUGCCAUUAGCUUGGAUGGAGGUCAAGUUUUUGAGGCAGGCCUUGCCCCCUACAAGCUGAAGCCCAUUGCUGCUGAGGUCUAUGAACACAGUGAAGGCUCCACUACCAGCUACUAUGCUGUGGCUGUUGUGAAGAAGGGAACAGACUUCACAAUAAAUGAAUUGAGGGGAAAGACCUCCUGCCACACAGGCCUGGGCAGAUCUGCUGGCUGGAACAUCCCAAUUGGGAUUCUCACCCACCGGGGGGACAUCGAGUGGGAUGGCAAAGACUCAGGCUCCAUUGAGCAAGCCGUGGCCAAUUUUUUCUCUGCCAGCUGUGUUCCCGGUGUCACCACUGAACCCAAACUGUACCGUCAGUGUAAGGGGGACUCCAAAACCAAAAUGUCCCGCACAGGACCUUAUUCUGGAUAUUCCGGAGCUUUUCACUGUCUGAAAGAAGGAAAAGGAGAGGUGGCUUUUGUGAAACACACAACUGUUCAAGAAAAUGCCCCAAAUGAGAAGGAGGAGUAUGAGCUUCUGUGUCUGGAUGGCACCCGCCAGCCUGUGGACAACUACAAAGCCUGUCACUGGGCCAGGGUUCCUGCCCACGCUGUGGUGGCUCGAGAUGACAACAAGGUCAAUGACAUCUGGAACUUCCUCUCCAAAGCACAGGAAAAAUUUGGUGUGGGCACAACCAGUACCUUCCACCUCUUUGGGCCACCCGGCAAGAAGGACCCAGCCCUCAAAGACUUGCUUUUCAAAGACUCUGCAGUUCAGCUGAAGCAGAUCCCAUCGCUGAUGGAUGCCCAGCUCUACCUGGGCUUUGAGUAUUACAGUGCCAUCCAGAGCCUUCAGAAAGACCGCCUGACCCCCAGCCGCAGAGGAAACAAGACCCAGUGGUGUGCAAUAGGCAGGGAUGAGAAGAAGAAGUGUGAUGUCUGGAGCGUGAUGAGCAACGGGGAGGUGGAAUGCAUCGUGGCAGAAGACACCAAGGAAUGCAUCAUGAAGAUCAUGAAAGGUGAAGCCGAUGCCAUCAGCCUGGAUGGAGGCUUUGUCUACACUGCCGGCAUGUGUGGCUUGGUGCCAGUGGUGGCAGAGAGCUAUGAGGAGAACCACUGCAGCGAAUCGGAAGAAGAACCAGCAACCUACUUUGCUGUGGCUGUUGUGAAGAAAUCUGACAGAGAUAUCACCUGGAACAACCUGCAGGGUAAGAAGUCAUGCCACACCGCCGUGGGGAGAACCGCCGGCUGGAACAUCCCAAUGGGCCUGAUUCACAACAGGACAGGGAACUGCAACUUCGAUGAAUACUUCAGCCAGGGCUGUGCUCCCGGAUCUCCUCCCACCUCCCGCCUCUGCCAGCUCUGCAAGGGUUCGGGGGGGGUUCCACCAGAGAAGUGUGUUGCCAGCAGCCACGAGCAGUACUAUGGAUACACUGGAGCUUUACGGUGUCUGGUGGAGCAGGGGGAUGUGGCCUUUAUUAAGCAUUCCAUCGUUGAGGAGAACACUGAUGGCAAAAGUAAAGAAAGCUGGGCCAAAGAUCUGAAAAUGGACCAAUUUGAGUUGCUGUGCACUGACGGGCAACGGGCAAAUGCCAUGGACUACAGGAGGUGCAACCUGGCCAAAGUUCCCACCCACGCUGUGGUGACACGCCCUGAGAAAGCAAAACAAGUCCGUGAGAUGCUGGAGAGACAAGAGAGCCUGUUUGGAGCAAAAGGAAUCAAGAAUAAGGAUUUCAAUAUGUUUGCAUAUGAAACCAAGGAUCUUCUGUUUAAAGACUUGACCAAGUGCCUGGUGAAGCUCCGUGAUGGAAUAACGUACAAGGAGUUCCUCGGAGAUCAAUACUAUGCUUCACUUGCCAGCCUCAACACCUGCAAUCCGUCAGAUCUUCUCCAGGUGUGCACCUUCCUUGAGGACAAGUAGUGAGAUGGGAAGGAUUCCUCACUGGAGGGGGAGAAAACCUCAAUUUAUGACUCCUCUUGUGCCCUCAGCACCAAACACUGAGGGCCCUCUGCCUUCACUGCUUUGUCUGCCCUCCCUCAUCACUCUUAAAGUGGCUCCUUGAGACAUUACAGUUCUCUGCUGCCAUCACAGCAAAAAAAUAAAAUCUCAAAUCUAAA